AUGUUGAUAAUGCACGAUGCCGCCGAAUGAUAAUAAAGCGAAUAAUUUUGCGGUAGUAUGUGAAUUAGUCAAGUGAUAAUGUUGCAGGAACGGCAGAGAGCGUCCCGUCGCAGGGGGUCGCUCCUGCUUCUGCUGAUGCUCCUUCUAUGCCACAUUCAAGAUAGUCAGUCAAGUGAGGAUGACAAAAAAAAGUUUGGGGACAGAUGCGGUUCAACAUCAGAAUGUGGUUUUGAAGGAGCGGUGUGUGAUGAAAUGACGAACAAGUGCUAUUGUAGACCGGAACUACCUGUUACUAACCAUCUGGAUAAAUGUGGAAUAGCUGCAAAAGUUAACGAAACGUGCUUUUUCAACGAACAAUGCGAAAAAGAAUACUACAUGACUGAGUGCAAAGAUGGGGUUUGUGUAUGCCGCUUUCAACGACUCGCCAUUUUAAAGGAGGACGGAUCGAUUGAUUGCAUUCCUGUCGCAAACACAGUGAUAUCUCAACGAUACAUCGAUCCGGCUAUGAUAGGUAUUUUAGUUGCCAUGUUUCUUAUGUUCAUAACCAUCUGUAUCGUCUUGCGUUUGUUCAGCAAGGCAAGAUGGAGAGAAACCCGAACAAUAUUCAACACGCCGAACCCCAGAUUGAUGAACGCAUCUUUGCUAAGGGAAACUAAGAUACCGCACCAUGACAGGCGCGGUUCUAAAACAAGCCACGCACCAAGCAGACCAGAAAGUGUGACGUCACUUCAACCAAAUUCACCAAUUUCAGAUUCAAGGCGCGGAUCUAAAGAUAGCAAUAUUUCCACAGCUUCAGGAAAAAUCAGCAAAAGUCCAUCCAAAGGAGCAGCGACCCCCAUGUUAGAAAGCGUCGCCGUGGAUAUUCAAGGAACAAAGCAGUAAACCAAAAGGAAUAAAUAAUUAAGUAAUUUAUUAUAAUGGAAUUAAUUUAAUCAAAUUUGAAGCAAUACAAUUAUUAUUGCUGAAAUAGGUUAAUAUUGAUUAAACUUAUUACUUCGAUAGUAAAGUGAUGCUAGGGACCAUUUAUUAAUGAUUUUUGUCCAAUCAUCACAAAACCAAAUAUAUAGUUAUCUUAAAAAACUAGGUACUUUAAGCACAAAAUAUUUAUUAUUAAAAUAUACUUAGUUCAAGUUUCAUUAUUAUAGGCACAAAAUAGAAAUGUAAUAAUCUAUCAUAGAUGAAACGAAUUUCUUUCAACCCUCCAUAUUAUAUUCUAUCUGCCGACUUAUGUAUUUUCGACCACAUUUGUUUAUGCUCGGUGGUAGCCAAGAUACUGGGAAAAUUUUGUGAUACUACCAACUUAAACUGUGAUUUGAUGUUGUUAGCUUAGCAAAUGCUUUUGGUAAACUGGAAGUGACAAAAAGCACUGGGAAAACUUUUUGCCAGUUUUAGUUUCGAAUGUACCUUAUACAAAAAAAAAUCUUUUUUACUCUUAUAUAUUAAUCGAAUAACUUUUGCUCAUAUAACUAUCCUUAUAUCGAAUAAUUAAGUAGUUUAUUUAUUAAGUAAGGCUUGUAGGCUUAUUGCUUUUAGCAUAAAAAAUGUGGCAAAUAUUUUUUUAGUAAAAUUUUUGCUACAUGAGCAUAAUAUAUGUAGGUAAAAGCUUAUCUUCAUCUUUGUAAUCUUAUACUCUAAUAUACAAAAAAAAAUAUAGGAAAUUAAAUACUAUUUAUUCAUAUUUUCGCUAUAUUUUCUGUUAUUUAAAUAAACGCUACAAACUGCAAAA